UAUUUGACGGAAAUUGUUCAUUUCUUUAAUAAGAUAUGUUUAUGCAAUUUGAAAAGUGAUGGGAAAAAUCCAAUUACAAUAAGGUGACAGUUAAUUAAUUUUUAUGUUGUGAUUAACCAAACAUCAUAAAAAGCCGGGAUUUUGGACGAAAACAUAUUUUUCCGACGUUAAAAAUAAUAUUGUUUGCAGUAUUGUGUGGCAAUACUAUAAUCUAAUGAAGGAUAUUAAUAUUAAUUUUACAAGUAUUCAUAAACAAUCACUGUGUAUAUGACAACUGAAAAUAGCAUGUAUUAAACAUUAAAAGUCAUGUAUAUCUAUUAACACAAGAUAUGUUCAAAUUUUAUUAUAAACAGGCCUAAUUAAAAAUUAAGAAUGGAUUCUGAAAUUAAUUCAGAAGUUAAUAAACAACUACAGUGUGAUAAAAUUGAAAAUUCAUCAAAUGAAACUAAUUUACCUAAUUCUGAGAAUCCAAUAAAAGUUUUGUUGGAGGAGAAUGAAUCCAAGAGUACUGUUGAGUCUGAUCAGCAAGUUUUAAAUUGUGAUGAAUCUGCAACCAGUGCUUCUGAAGUUAAGGAUACUCAAGAAAGUAAUUAUAUAGAUAAUAAAACAAAUGACAUGGAACCUAGUAAAGAAUCUGUGACAGUAAAUAGUGCACAAUCUAGUGGUUCAAGUAUGGAAGUACAGUCAAGUGAACUAGAUUAUUGUGAUAAACUUAAAGAAACAACUGAAAAUCAAACUGAGACAAAUUUGUUAAAUAAUAGUGAAAUAUGUGAAGUAGAAGGUGAAGAAGAUAAACCAAUUGUUGAAAAUACAUAUUUUACAGGUGAUUCUGAGGUCAGCAAUAAAUUUGAUAACACAAAAAAUGAUUUUAAAGGAAACAUUGAUGAAACAGUUAAUAUGGAUGAGACAACAUUUCCUGUAUCAAAGCCUAGUGGUGAUGAUAGAAAAGUAGGUGCAAAAGAAAAUGAUGACCCAGACACCAAUAUUAAUGAAUCAGAUAAAGAUAUGUUGGAAGAUGUGAGUAGUCAAUUUAGUAAGGAUUUACAAAAUGAGGACUAUGAUAAAUUUCAAGAUGAUGUUUCUAAUAUGGAUACUAGCCUUGAAGAGAAGGAUAAAGUUAUUGAUAACAAAGUAGACAAAGAUGAUGAAAUAGAAGAACACAGAGAAAAUCCAGUUUUUGUUCAAGUAGAUCCUGAAACAGAAAAGGAUGUAGAUGAUAAUGAUAAAGACAACAUUAAAAUUGUAGAGACAGAUCCAAUAGCAUCAGAUAUUUUUGAUAUUAAUGAAGAUAGGGAAAGUGUAGAUGAAGAAUGUAUUAUUCCAGAUUCACAAAGAGAAAUGACACAAGAAGAAAAAGAUGCAGCUGCAACAAUUACACCUUUAAGGGAUAUAUCCUCAAAUGAAACAAAUGAUAGUGCCACAGAUGCAGAAAAAUUAAUUAUUGUAUCCAAAUAUGAAGAAGAUGCUUUGCAAGUGUGCAAUGUGUGCUUAUUGCAAAGAAAAGUGAAAUAUAAAUUUGGAAGUGACUCUGAUGAUUUAUUUUUGUGCGAUGAUAACUGUUUAAGUCAAUUCAAAGAGAAGCAAGGUGGUAAAAUACACAUGUCAUGGGAAGAUGGUGGAUUAAGGGUGAAAGAUUUCACUGGACAGUUACUAGACCGACUGUGUGCAUCAUGUAAUAAAGUAACAUCAGAUGUUGAGAACAACUUAUCAUGGGAGUUAAUGGAUUUUUGUAAUGCCACAUGUUUAACAAAUUAUCAAAAAGCACAUUGUUCAACAUGUUCCACUUGCAAAAUUGCUGUCAGGAUACACUGUUUGGGAAAAUAUUGUGUGAGAUUUGGAAAUGACACCAGACAAUUUUGUACUAGUAUGUGCUUGGAAGAAUAUAAAAAGGGACUAAAAGUAUGUUCAUAUUGCCAACAAGAUAUGUCUGAAGAGGCACUUGGAUUUGUAGCGCCAGUUGGGGACAAAGGUCAGUUUAAAGACUUCUGUUCACAAAUUUGUAUGGAAAAAUAUGAUAUAAUGACAAAUGAUAGGCCACCCAAAGUUGAACCUGGCACAAAAUGUUCAGUAUGUCAAGAACAAAAUCGUAUAACCAUUGAGUUUGAGUUAGACAAGAAAUAUUAUUUUUGCGGUGAGCCGUGCUUUGUUGCUUUUGGAUUUGUUAACAACGUGAGUUCAGGAAAGUGUGCAAUGUGUAAACGAUUUUACAUCAAGGACGUCUUGGAAAAACAUCAAAUGUAUUAUGAUAAUGUAUUGUACAGUUUUUGCUCAAACAGCUGCCAAAAUAUAUACAUAAUUGCACACAGAAAAAUUGUCCCUUGUAGUUGGUGCAAAGUUAAGAAAUACAAUUUUGACAUGAUCAGAAGAUACUCCAAAGCUAGUCCACAAAUCAACAUGUGCAGUGUGAAUUGCUUCAAUUUGUAUCAGCAUUCUAUUAAAGGCCAAUAUUCUAAGAAACAAUUAGCAAUAGUUUCAUCUAAGAGAAGUAGAAAGCCUAUAAAAGAACCUAGCUUAGAAGUGCCUCAAAUACCGAUUAUAACUAACGUUCAAAGCCUUGCAACUAAUGGAACUCCACUGCCAAUUUCAACAAGGUCAAGAAGCAAAGGAGUCGCAACAACCCCGGUUUCUGUGAAAGUCAAACACCAUUUUGUAUCACGUCCAACUCCAAUUCCAGAACAAAGGAAUUGUGGAACAAUGUGCAAAGUUAGGACUGCAAACAAGGGAACAUUCUUAAAGCCUGUAAUGGUAAACAAAGAAGUACAGACUGAUGAAAGAGAAGCGGAAAAGAUACUUAUCCCAGUUCCUGUUCCCAUAUAUGUCCCAACUCCUAUGCACAUGUUUACAGCCCCUGUGCCUAUGCCAGUACCAUUCCCAUUGCCAAUACCAGUACCAAUAUUUAUUCCAACAACAAGAAACUCAGCUGCGGGUAUCAUGAAAGAAAUAAAAAAAAUUCAAGUAAAAAUGCCCACAGAUCCAUAUGAAGCUGAACUACUGAUGAUGGCUGAAAUGGUGGCAGGAGAAAAGAAAGAAGAUCCAACUGAUUCUGAAAGUGAUGUAGAUGACACAGCUGGUGGUGACGAUGGUACAUUUAGCCCAGAGCCGGUGGAUGCCAGCAAUGCCUUCGGCGACGACAUGUUGCAGAUGGCUUUAAAAAUGGCCACUGAGUUAGAUGAACCGGCUGUAGAUUUAGAAGGUGCCCUAACAGCAAAUACUAUCACUGCCCCUCAAGGAGGUGAGCAACAGACGGAUGAAAGCGUUGACGAUCCUCAGCCAAUGCAUCACAUGUUGGAGAGACAAUCGUUGAGAGGUCGUAAACGUGGCAUGCGACAACCUAAAUCUGGGGCGAAACGUGGUCGUCGUGUGUCUCAUCAUUCCGAUAUGCCUAUCAUGCAACAACAAGCUCAGCCUCCACCGCCUCCGGAACCUACGGAGAAGCCUGAUGCCAACAUGUGUCUUAAAUACACUUUUGGUGUAAAUGCUUGGAAACAAUGGGUGACGACGAAAAAUACGGAGCUAGAAAAGUCUUCACGCAUGAAGCUUUUUAAGACUGAAAUACUGCAGUUAACCGCCGAUGAACUAAACUACUCGUUGUGUUUAUUCGUCAAGGAAGUAAGGAAACCGAAUGGUGCUGAGUAUGCGCCAGACACAAUUUAUUAUUUAUGCCUGGGUAUUCAACAGUACUUAUUUGAAAAUGGACGAAUUGACAAUAUUUUUUGUGAUUCAUACUACGAGAAAUUUACAGAUUGCUUAGACGAAGUAGCAAAAAAGUUUUCUGUCCUCUACAAUGAUUCUCAUUAUAUUGUAACAAGAGUGGAGGAGGAACAUCUUUGGGAGAGUAAACAAUUAGGAGCACACUCGCCCCAUGUGCUUCUCAGCACUCUUAUGUUCUUUAACACCAAACAUUUUAAUUUAACGACUGUUGACGAACAUAUGCAAUUAUCUUUUUCUCAUAUUAUGAAGCAUUGGAAAAGAAAUCCAAAUCAACCAGGCGCAUCAAAGGUUCCGGGCGCUAGGAACGUACUUCUAAGGUUUUAUCCACCUCAGAGUGCUAUACAAAACAAUGCCCGAAAAAAGAAGGUAUAUGAACAGCAAGAGAAUGAAGAAAACCCUCUACGAUGUCCAGUAAAACUGUACGAGUUUUACCUCUCCAAAUGUCCGGACAGUGUUAAAACCAGAAACGACGUGUUUUACUUGCAACCGGAAAGAUCGUGUGUACCUGACAGUCCAGUUUGGUACUCAACCAUGCCACUUCCCAGAGAAGCAUUGGAGAAAAUGCUCCACAGAGUGAAAAUGGUUAAAGAAAUAAAUGUGGCUCUUCUCACCAGUUAAAAUUUAUACAUAUUGCGUUAUAUUUUAUUAAGUUUAUUAACAAAACAAUCAAUUGUGACUAUUUUUAUAGGUCGUUUUUAAAUUAUAUUGUACAUAUUAUAAGUUAAAUAACAAUUUGGUUAUCUUAUAUACAAUAUUAUCAUAUUGUAUGAAGUAUUUUCGUAUUUUUUUGACCAUUUAUCAUUCAUUUACAAGAAUAUUAAAUUUUCUCAAAAACAAAAAUUAAUUAAAAAGAAUAAAGUUUCCAUAUUAUAUAGAAUUUAAAAUUAUUUCUUGUAAGAAAAUAAUUUAAAAAUGUCCUAUAUAUUUUGUAAAUAACUUGAUUAUUUGUACAUAUGUUUCCAAAAGAGUUUUGAAUUUUUCCAUAUUAAAUAGUAUGUAUUGUACAUAUGAAAAACUUUUCAGUUGCCAGUAUUUUGUGUACUAUUUUAGCAACUUUAUAUUAGUUUCUUUACUAAUACGAUUUUUGUAAUAUUUGUAAAAAUGUUGAAUAAAUCUGUUAGUAUA